GCCACAGAAAUUUAAAAUGAGGAAUUGUGUAUUGGCACAAAGCCAACGUAAAAAUAAGAAAAUCCAACACAAGGAACACAUGCUUUCUACUUCUAGAGAGAGAAAGUGACACAAUUAUCAGGAAAUUUCAUGUAUACAUUAGUUUCCAGGAAAUUUCUUCUAUAUAUAGAGAGAAAAGACGGAAAAAGAAGACACAAGUAAGAGAAAGAAUCAAAUUUCAGGCUGUCAGAUUCCUCCGUCUUGGUCUGUGAUCGCUCGAGCACAAAGAUCUUUUAUUGGGAUUGGCAAAGUUUGAAUCUAUAUCAAGAAAAGGGACUGAAAAAAUUGAACAACUCACCGUUGAUAUUUUCUUGGGGAUAUUUGACUGACAAUUUAUUGGAUUCUAAAACACAAUAGGGUUUGGUGGAAUUUCCCAAUUUUUGAGGUGAAUAUUGGUAGAUUGACAGAUGAAUGUGGUUGGUAAAUUUGGGAGCAUUUUAUCUCAAGGUGUGUACUCCGUUGCCACCCCAUUUCAUCCCUUUGGUGGGGCUGUUGACAUAAUUGUUGUUCAGCAGCAGGAUGGGACGUUUCGGAGCACACCUUGGUACGUUAGGUUUGGUAAAUUUCAGGGUGUUCUUAAAGGGGCGGAAAAAAUUGUCCGCAUAAGUGUUAAUGGUGUCGAAGCCAAUUUCCAUAUGUAUCUUGAUAAUUCAGGUGAAGCAUAUUUAGUAAAGGAGGUUGUUUCUGGUAAAGACAGUGAGUUGAAUGGGGUUUUGAAGGAUUCAUAUAGUCCGGGAGUUAAACACGAGGAUAGUCGUAUUAAUUAUAAUAGCAAUGAUUAUAGUGAAAAGAAUAAUAUUAAUCUUUGUAGACAUGAGGAUAGUGUUUCUUGUACUGGUGAGGUUGAAUUGCAAGAUGAUUGUGUUUCUAUGAGUGUGGACAGAAUUGAGAGUUUGGAAUCUGAUAGUGAAAGGAGGCUCUAUGAAUUUCAAGAUGCAGAAUCCUCACUUGAGGGUUCAAUUGAGUUAUCAGAAUAUGGGUCUAAUCGAUUUGAGAAUAUAGACGAUGUGGAGCAUUUUGUGGAAUCACAGAAUUCUAAUUCAGAGGUGGUUUUGGUGAGUAUAGAUGGUCAUAUACUGACAGCUCCCUUCUCCUCAUCAGAAAGGAAUAUCGAGGACUUGCAAUUAAGCAUACCUCAGUUUCAUUUGGGUCCAGGUCAAGGGACUGAGUUCUGUGAAGGCAACACGGAGUUUAGCAUUGAAGAAGACACAUGGACUGCCGAUUACUUAAGUGAUUUGCGCACACCUACGCAUGAAAUUGCUUCCGAAAGUGUUUGCAACAUAAACAAAGGUAGUAAUGCUUCAGAGUUCCAGUUGGAAGUUUGUGAAGGAGACCGGAAACAUGUUCGUCUAGCUCAAGAAAGUCAUAACAUUGUAAACCAGGAAAGAGAGUUCUCCAUACAUAGCAAUUUGGAGAUAUCGGAAUUGGCCAUGCUGGAUGGAAAUGCUGAUCACCAAGAUUUGGAUUUUCCGUUGGGGAUUCACGAGAAUGCAGAAGAUUCACAAGAGAAGUCUCCUCACAGCAUUCUAGAAGCCAAUGAAACUGCAGUUGGAGUUCUCGUCGAAUCAAGAAUUCAUGACGGGUCAUCUCCUUCCAGUUCUGAUCCUCGUGAUGGCAUUUCUCCAGAUUUGCAGGUUGAAGUUGAAGUCACCAAAAAUGUUGCAUCAGGUACAGAACAUACAGGUUCUUAUGACACAUUUGUUCAUUCUGUUAAUAAUGAUCAAGAAUUGGAGGAACAGACUAGUGUAGCAUUAGCUGUCGAAGGGGUACAAAGUAGCGAACGAAGACCUGCUCCUGAAGAUGAACAUAGCAAAAGUGAUACCAUGGAACCCCAGACCGUGACUUCCAGUGAAGGGAUGAAAAGUGAUCCAAGCACAAGGUUUGAGAUUUCUCUUUGUGGGAACUUACUUCAUGCCGGUAUGGGUUUGAGCGCGGCUGCUGAAGCCUUUGAUGCACACCGCAUAUCUGAGGAAAAAUUCAAACUUUCUGCAGCAUCUAUUAUUAAGAACACUAACUUAGUUAUCAGAUCCCAAGAGAGGUACUUGCCAUGGGAUAAAGCUGCUACAAUUGUUCUCGGAGUAGCUGCAUAUGGUUUACAUUUACCUGUUGAGCCUAAAGAUGCAAUUCCUGUGGAACAGGAUGACACUCCAAAUCUCAGGGAUGAUGAUUCAGGAAUCACUUCCACUCCUUCUGGGCGUAGAUGGAGGCUCUGGCCAAUUCCAUUCAGAAGAGUUAAAACACUAGAUCAUACUAGCAGUAAUUUGUCUACUGAAGAGGUGUUUCUUGAUUCUGAAUCUGGCUCACAGAUCCAACCUGUAGAACCAACUUCAACAUCCCAUGGUAGCAGUGAUUCUCCUCACAAGCAAUUUAAAAGGACAAACGUCCCCACUACCGAGCAAAUAACAUCUUUGAACCUCAAAGAAGGGCAAAAUAUGGUGACUUUCAGUUUCUCCACCAGGGUCUUAGGAAGGCAAAAGGUUGAUGCUCAUAUUUACUUAUGGAAAUGGAAUGCACGAAUUGUCAUUUCAGAUGUUGAUGGGACAAUCACCAAGUCCGAUGUUCUUGGCCAGUUCAUGCCCUUAGUUGGAAAGGAUUGGACACAAUCUGGGGUAGCUCGACUUUUCUCUGCAAUUAAGGAGAAUGGAUAUCAGCUACUGUUUCUGAGUGCACGUGCAAUUGUACAGGCAUAUCUAACUAGAAGCUUUCUACUCAAUCUCAAACAGGAUGGGAAAGCUUUACCCAAUGGACCUGUUGUUAUUUCACCUGAUGGUCUAUUUCCCUCAUUGUAUCGAGAAGUGAUAAGAAGAGCGCCUCACGAAUUCAAGAUUGCUUGUUUAGAGGAUAUUAAAGCACUCUUUCCUUCUGAUUACAAUCCAUUUUAUGCGGGUUUUGGGAAUAGAGACACUGAUGAGCUCAGUUACAGGAAGAUUGGUAUUCCAAAGGGCAAAAUCUUUAUCAUCAAUCCUAAGGGUGAGGUGGCCAUUAACCAUCGCGUUGAUUUGAAGUCAUACACUUCUUUACACACUCUAGUCCAUGACAUGUUUCCCCCAACGGCACUGGUUGAGCAGUCCGGAUGUUCAAUGUCCAUGCAGGAAGAUUUCAAUUCAUGGAAUUACUGGAAAAUGCCGAUGCCAGAUGUUGAUUGCUAGUUGUCUUCGAAAUUGCUUCUCCAAGAAACAAGAUGUUCAGUGCCUGGGGAAUAUUUUACAAUUUGUAUUCACCUCCAGCAUUCCUCCAAUUUUUCCCUAUUUCAUCCAAGAUCCAGUGCAGGUGGGCUCAUUGUUCUAUAAGCGCUGAUGUUGAAUUGUACAAUUGAUCUUGUAUUUAUACUCAUAAACACAAUCAUAAAGUUCUUCAUUGAAUAAUAGUUCUUAUAAUAUGUUAAGCUAGAAUUUUUCUUUCC